AAGUUCAGAGAGAGAAAGGUCGUCAAAAAAAAAAAAAAAAAAACUGACAUAAAGAGCGUGGGCGUUUCAACGGCAACCUCAAUCUCCGCCUCACCAGACCAAGUUGGGCACUCCUCCAUCGUUCCCACCUUCCCUAUUUUCUGCUUCCCUCCAUUUUCUCACUAACAAAAAUAAGAAAACCCCAAACAAAAAAACAUAACAGGAUGGGGAAAAAGAAAAUAAAAAUAAAAAACCUGGGUUACCCAAAAACCAAACCAAACCACACCUCACACCACCCCCACAAAACAACACAACACAAUCCUUAAAAAUCAACCUAUUCCUUCCACUUUUCCUCCCAAACCAACAACUCUAAACACAUUUUUUUCUUUCUCCUAAUGCUACCUCCUUAGAAAUUGCUUAAUCUUUUUCAUUCAUUCAAUUACUUAACAAAUUGUUAGAAAAUGCAACACAGCAUCUUCGCCUCAAUGCGUAGCUUGAAGAUCAUGGACGGUUGCAAGGGCACUCAGGUCUACGCCAUCAACCCCUCCAGCGCCACCGGCGGUGGAAUUGGUGAGAAGCUUCUCCAACAGCUUCACGACCACAUCAAAAGCCACACCCUUAGAACCAAAUCGGUUCGGAACUUACAACCUCCGAACAUGACGACGCCGUCGGAGGUUUUCGUCUCCGACGGGUCGCUCCUUCCUUACGGCCUCCCCAUGACGGACCUCCUAGAGCCCAAAAUUGAACCCUCCUUGGUGUCGGUGGAUUUUGUCGAAACCCUCGCCGGAGUCUACCGCCGCACCGAGGACCGCCACCAGUUCGACCGCUCCGAGGUGUACCUCGAGCAAUGCGCGGUGUUCCGGGGGCUGGCCGACCCGAAGCUCUUCCGCCGCAGCCUCCGCGCCGCCCGGCAGCACGCCGUCAACGUGCACGCGAAGGUCGUGCUUUCCGCAUGGCUGCGCUACGAGCGCCGCGAGGAUGAGCUCAUCGGCUCGUCCUCGAUGGACUGCAGCGGGAGGAACCUCGAGUGCCCCCGCACCACGCUGGUUCCAGGCUACGACCCGGAGUUGGUGUUUGAUUCCUGCGCGUGCACCCGUGCACGCGCAGGUAAUGGUGAUAACGAUAAUGAUGAUGCAAUGGCAAUAGUGGUUGAUGAGCAAUGCUCCACCUCGGAAGAGGAGGAGGAGGAUGGUGACAUGUCUUUUUGUGUUGGUGAUGAUGAGAUUAAGUGUAAUAGGUUCAAUAUAGCCUCACUUUCAAGGCCCUUUAAGAUAAUGUUGUAUGGUGGAUUCAUUGAGUCAACGAGAGAGAAGAUAAAUUUUUCGCGGAAUUGUUUUUCUGUUGAGGCAUUGAGGGCUGCUGAGGUGUUCAGUAGGAGAAAGAGGUUGAGUCAUUUGGAGCCCAAGGUUAUUUUGGAGUUGCUAUCUUUGGCAAACCGGUUUUGUUGCGAGGAGAUGAAGAAUGCUUGUGACGCGCAUUUGGCAUCGCUGGUUUGUGACAUAGACGAUGCCUUGUUGCUUGUUGAGUAUGGACUGGAGGAGACCGCAUACCUGCUGGUGGCUGCCUGCUUGCAGGUGUUUCUCCGGGAGCUCCCUGGUUCGAUGCAAAGUUUGAGUGUUGUGAAGAUAUUUUGUAGUCCGGAGGGUAGGGAUAGGCUUGCUCUGGCGGGGCACGCGUCGUUUGUGUUGUAUUAUUUUUUGAGUCAGAUUGCGAUGGAGGAAGAGAUGAGGUCGAACACCACUGUGAUGCUGUUGGAGAGGUUAGUGGAGUGCGCAAAGGAUGGUUGGGAGAAGCAAGUUGCGUUUCAUCUAUUGGGUGUUGUUAUGCUUGAGAGAAAAGAAUACAAAGAUGCACAAUAUUGGUUUCAGGCAGCGGUUGAUGCAGGGCAUGUUUAUUCUUUGGUGGGAGUUGCAAGGGCAAAAUAUAAGCGUGGUCACACAUAUUCAGCAUAUAAGUUGAUGAACUCACUUAUUUCUGAUCAUAAACCGGUUGGGUGGAUGUAUCAGGAAAGGUCUUUGUAUUGUGUUGGGAAGGAGAAAUUGAUGGACUUGAUGUCUGCAACUGAGUUAGAUCCAACUCUUUCCUUUCCAUAUAAAUUCCGGGCUGUUUCUUUCCUGGAGGAAAACAAGAUUGGACCUGCCAUUGCAGAAAUCAAUAAAAUAAUUGGCUUCAAGGUUUCUCCAGAUUGCCUUGAAUUGAGAGCUUGGUUCUUGAUUGCCAUGGAAGAUUAUGAAGGAGCCCUCAGGGAUGUCCGGGCAAUUUUGACAUUGGAUCCAAAUUAUAUGAUGUUCUAUGGGCAUAUGCACGGUGAUCAGUUGGUAGAACUUCUCCAACCUUUUGUUCAGCAGUGGAGUCAGGCUGAUUGCUGGAUUCAGUUGUAUGACCGAUGGUCCUCUGUUGAUGAUAUUGGUUCUUUGGCUGUUGUACACCAGAUGUUAGCAAAAGACCCGGGGAAAAGUCUUUUAUGCUUUCGGCAAUCUCUCCUUCUUCUACGGUUGAAUUGUCCAAAGUCUGCCAUGCGUAGUUUGCGGCUGGCUAGAAAUCAUUCUACUUCUGAUCAUGAAAGGCUUGUGUAUGAAGGAUGGAUACUGUAUGACACUGGUUAUCGUGAAGAAGCAUUAGCAAAGGCUGAGGAAUCUAUUUCUAUUCGAAGAUCAUUUGAAGCUUACUUUCUCAAAGCUUAUGCGUUAGCUGACUCAAAUCUUGAUUCAGAGUCUUCAAAGUAUGUGAUCUGUCUCUUGGAGGAAGCUCUUAGAUGCCCUUUAGAUGGUCUUCGGAAAGGACAAGCACUGAAUAAUCUAGGGAGUGUCUAUGUAGACUGUGAUAAACUGGACCUUGCUGCUGACUGCUACAUGAAUGCACUCAACAUCAAGCAUACACGAGCACAUCAGGGGUUGGCACGUGUAUAUCAUCUUAAAAAUCUCCGGAAAGCAGCAUAUGAUGAGAUGACAAAGCUAAUAGAAAAGGCUCGGAGUAAUGCAUCAGCUUAUGAGAAACGUUCAGAAUAUUGUGACCGUGACAUGGCAAAGAGUGAUCUUAGUAUGGCAUCACAAUUGGAUCCUCUAAGGACUUAUCCUUACCGAUAUAGGGCUGCAGUUUUAAUGGAUGAUCAUAAGGAAGCUGAGGCAAUAGAAGAGCUUUCAAGAGCCAUUGAUUUUAAGCCAGAUCUGCAACUAUUACAUCUUCGAGCGGCAUUUUAUGAUUCAAUGGGUGAUUUUGUCUCUGCAGUCCGGGACUGUGAAGCAGCCCUUUGUCUUGAUCCUAUUCAUAAUGAGAUUCUUGAUCUCUGUAAUAAAGCACGGGAGCAUAUUCGAGAACCAAAGUGACAGAAUCAGAUAUUUAAAAAAUAUAAUUUUUUCCUAGUGUUCCCUAUGGGGACAAGCCUAUUCUUGCCAACCUGUACUUUUUCUACUCAUGAAGGUCCAGUAAUCAUCAGUGUCAUUCAUCUGUUGUUAGAUUUUCAAUCCAGAAGCGGCAUGGUCUACAUCUUUCAGCUGGCCUUCCGGAGAGUGGAACUACAGAAAAGGGAAAAGAAAAAUUAGAAAGCUCAUUUGGAUUGAAACCAAAGAGGAAGUAGAGAAGGAUAGCUUGUAAAUAUAAGUAAUGACUUAUGUUUUUGUCACAGAAUGGUCAAGUAGUGCAAACAACUGCUGCUGCUAUGCUCCAGUAUGCCACACCAGCAAAUUGGUGAUGAGUUACUAGUUAGACAAAACAUGUACAUGGAAAAACCAAUUGUUAUCACAAUUUUCCCUGACGACCCUUUGAACAUAUAUUGAUGCCGAGUUAUCCAUGGAGAAGCUAUACCCAUAACUAGUUAUCAACCUUACAUCUGCUUAAUUCAUCUGUUCCUUGCUUCUAUGUAGUCUUCCCACGUGGAAGGAGAGCUUUUCAACGAACCUGUGACCCACUAGAAAAUACUCAAUUUAGUUAUUGAAGCUCCCUUAUAUGGAAGCCAAGGAAACAAAAGAAGAAUAAGGAGGUGGAGCUUGUUUUGGAAACCAUGGAUAGGAAACGUCCUAGAAAGUUAAACUUGAAUGCACCCCUUUUGUCCACACGGCGUCUCGGUAGUCCAAAUGUUGCAGAUACUUCAUGUUCAUCAUAUUCAGUUGGAGCAGUCCAAAAUACAAGUGAAAGGGUUCCAUUUUCUUGGGAGAAAGCACCAGGCAAGCCAAAAGAAAUUGAGAGGAGUGAUAACACACAAGACGGUGGCACGCUGCGCCUAAGACUACCACCUCGCCAUUGGUUUCUUCCGAAAGAAGCAGUCGAAGAAGAUGUUGAUCGUGGUGAUGAUGCAUUUCAUGAUCAGGGAGAUGGUAGUUGUGAUGGCGACGACGACAAGGAUGAUUUCUUCUCGGAUGCUAUGGAUGUUUUAUCUCUAUCAGAGGCAUUAGAUUAUGUCCAAAAGAAAUCGGAGAAUGCUCAUAGUAACACCAAUGAUGGGUUGAGGUUAAAGCUUGCAGAGUCUAAUGGAUACCAAUCUCCUACUUACAUGAUCAAUCGCUUUCUUCCGGAUGCCACUGCUUUGGCUGCAUCAUCUGCUUUGCAUUUUUCUACUAACUUAGAAGAGAAAGAUUGUGAUACUUGUAGCUAUCCAGGGUGUUACACAAGGCAUUCAUAUGCUUCUUCUCCAAAGGGUUGUGGCUUGGAACUACUCUUCCCGUGGCGUAUGAAGCAUAAACUUUGUUCUAUAGAGAGCCCUGUGUUGCCAUGUUCUACUAAUCUGCACAAGCAUAAGCGCAACUCCAAACAGAAGAAACACCGUUCUUCAACAACCUACAUUCCUUGUACAAACAUGAAAGAUAUUUGAUGGGUGAGAAAUGCUAGAAACAUACUCUCUGUCACACCCUUUUAAACACCAUCUCUCUUGUUGGUUGAAAUUUAUUAAAAAUGAGAAAAAUUUAUGGGUUUCACAUCAUAUUUAAUUAUUCUUUCUCUUAAUGUUGUAGUUUUUAAUAAAUUUUAACCAAUUAGAAAAAGUGUUAGAGAGUGUGUUGUUAGCUCUUCUUUGAUGGGUAGAGCUAGUUCUUUGAUUUGUUCAUUGCUACUUCAUACAAAAUCUUUAUUUUAUGUGUAAAUAAUAUAUAUUAUUUGUUAUCUUAGCUA